CCGAGAGAGUGAGCCUACGACGACGAGGAAGAGAGGCAGGGCGUUGGGGGGUGGGGACAUGGCGACAGUGCCAGGGGGCGUGUGAGCCGCGGGCGAGGAGCAACUUCUCCCGGGCGCGAGCGGCGGGGCGGCGGGCGGAGCGUGAGCUGCCAGCCCGGAGCGGGGAGCAGCGAGCCGGGAGCCACGGCCCGCGCCCUGCGCGCUAGCAUCCUCCGGGUUCCCAGCCCCGGGUGCUGAGCUCGCCGCUAUAAAUAGCAGGUUACAGCUUCUGCUUGGGCGCACACGCUCUCACUGGAGAACGCAGGAAAGUCAGCUCGAAAGUGUCUGCCGCUGCUAUCGCCCCCUACUCAGCCUCUGUGAGAGAACCCAAAGAAAUGGUGUCACCUGGCAAGAGAUCUGGCGUGUUUUAUGAAAAUUCAGACCAAGCAUAAUUUAAGAAAAUCACUGAGCUCUGAUUGAGACCAACACUACCGCUGCACACCUGUGAAAUCACCGAGCUCUGACGGAGACCAACACCACCACUGUCCACUUGAGGAAUCACCAAGCUCUGAUUGAGACCAACACCACCGCUGUCCACCUGUGGAAUCCCUGUGCUCUGACUGGGAUAAACACUGGUGCUGUCCACUUGAAGCAAACAGCAAAAAAACGAGCCAUAAAACCAGUGAAACAAUAAGCAAACGUCCAAGCUGUUGAAGAACACAACAUAUAUCAGAAUUUCACGGUGAGAUAUUAGAUCAUUAGUGUGAAGAUACAUCAGCGUUAAACCAGAGCCCAUUAUCUGGUACCAUUUGGACAAGACACCGUGGAAAGUAAGUCAGUUGUGAGGUGGAUCAUGGAAAUCAAAGAGGAAGGAACGUCAGAAGAAGGCCAGCAUUUUCUUCCUACAGCUCAGGCUAAUGAUCCUGAGGACAUUCACUUCACAAGCAUCCAGAAGAUCCCCAAUGAGCCGCAGUUAGAAUUCAUCCUAGCGUGCAAGGAUCUCGUGGCUCCUGUCUGUGAUCGAAAACUGAAUACAGUAGUGCAGAUCUCAGUAAUCCACCCUGUGGAGCAGACCCUGACGAGGUACUCCAGCACAGAAAUUGUGGAGGGAACAAAAGACCCACUGUUCUUGACGGGUGUCACAUUCCCAUCUGAGUACCCCAUCUAUGAAGAGACUAGAAUCAAACUGACAGUCUAUGAUGUCAAGGAUAAGUCCCACGACACGAUUCGAACCAGUGUCCUUCCGGAGCGCAAGGAUCCCCCGCCAGAAGUUGGGAGGAGCUUCCUGGGCUGGGCCAGUUUUAAAGUUGGAGAGCUGCUGAGGUCCAAGGAGCAGCUGCUGUCACUGAGCCUGAGAACCUCAGAUGGUGGCAAAGUGGUCGGCACCAUAGAAGUCAGCCUUGUGAAGAUGGGGGAGAUUGAGGAUGGGGACACCGACCACAUCACGACAGAUGUGCAGGGACAAAAGUGUGCACUAGCAUAUGAAUGUACAGCACCAGAAAGUGUGAGCGUGAAGGACAACUUGCCUUUAUUAAAUGCAGUGUUAAAGAAUCCUGUGUGUAAAUUAUAUAGAUUUCCCACAUCUGACAAUAAGUGGAUGCGGAUCCGUGAGCAGAUGUCAGAGAGCAUUCUUUCUUUUCAUAUUCCUAAAGAACUGAUCUCCCUUCACAUAAAAGAAGACUUGUGUAGAAACCAGGAGUUAAAAGACCUUGGUGACCUGUCCCCACACUGGGACAACCUACGGAAAAAUGUCCUUACUCACUGUGAUCAAAUGGUGACUAUGUACCAAGAUAUCCUGACAGAACUCAGCAAGGAAACAGGGUCCUCUUUCAAAUCCAGCAGCAGCAAAGGAGAGAAAAGCUUAGAAUUUGUUCCAAUAAAUCUACACUUGCAGCGGAUGCAGGUGCACAGCCCCCACCUCAAAGAUGCUCUCUAUGACGUCAUCACUGUGGGUGCCCCAGCUGCCCAUUUUCAGGGAUUCAAGAAUGGAGGUCUUCGAAAACUACUCCACAGAUUUGAGACAGAGAGAAGGAACACGGGCUACCAGUUCAUCUACUAUUCACCGGAAAACACAGCUAAGGCCAAGGAAGUCCUCAGCAACAUCAAUCAGCUGCAGCCUCUCAUAGCAACCCACGCCGACCUGCUGCUAAACUCUGCCAGCCAGCACUCCGCAGACAGCUUGAAGAGUUCUUUAAAGCUGCUCUCAGAAAAAACUGAGCUUUUUGUACAUGCCUUCAAGGACCAGCUGGUCAGGAGUGCUCUUUUAGCUCUCUACACGGCAAGGCCAGGAGGCAUCCUUAAGAAACCGCCAUCUCCCAAGGACAGCACAGAGGAGACUUGUCCCCAGGAUGAGGCCCCUCAGCUGAGAAGGCAGGACUCCAUUCCACAUCAUUCUGACUAUGAUGAAGAAGAGUGGGAUAGGGUGUGGGCGAACGUGGGGAAGAGCCUGAACUGCAUUAUCGCUACAGUGGACAAACUGAUUGAGAGAGACACUCACAAAGAAGAAGGUACCGGAUGCAGCAGUAGCAACGACGGAGACGUGGCUCCUUCCCUAGAGGAUUCUAUCACAUCUCACCCAAAGGAGGACUGGUAUGGACAGCUACACCCUCUCAUCCUUACCCUGAAGGAGUGCAUGGGAGAAGUGGUGAGCCGAGCCAAGCAAUCCCUGACAUUUGUGCUGCUUCAGGAACUAGCCUACAGCCUGCCUCAGUGUCUCAUGCUGACUCUGAGAAGGGACAUCGUCUUCAGUCAGGCGCUUGCUGGAUUGGUGUGUGGCUUUAUCAUCAAAUUACAUACAAGUCUGCAUGAUCCUCACUUCCUACAGCAGCUACACACGGUGGGCUUGCUGGUACAGUAUGAAGGACUGCUAAGUACCUAUAGUGAUGAAAUUGGAAUGCUGGAGGACAUGGCUGUCGGCAUUUCAGAUUUGAGGAAAGUUGCAUUUAAAAUAACUGAAGCCAAAUCUAGUGAUGACCUGCCCGUUCUCACAGGAAGGCGUGAACACUAUGUGGUGGAGGUCAAGCUUCCAGCGACAGUAUUUGAGUCGCUCCCUCUGCAGAUUAAAGAAGGGCAGUUGCUUCACGUGUAUCCAGUUCUGUUUAAUGUUGGGAUCAACGAGCAGCAAACCCUUGCUGAGAGGUUUGGAGAUGUUUCUUUGCAAGAAAGUAUUAACCAAGAAAAUUUUGAACUUGUUCAAGAAUAUUAUUCGAUAUUUAUGGAAAAGAUGCCACCUGAUUAUAUUUCACAUUUUCAAGAACAAAAUGAUUUAAAAGGAUUGUUGGACAAUCUCCAUCAAAAUAUUCAAGCCAAAAAAAGAAAGAAUGUAGAAAUCAUGUGGCUGGCAGCAACAAUUUGCCGCAAACUCAACGGUAUUCGCUUUACCUGCUGUAAAAGUGCCAAAGACAGGACCUCGAUGUCAGUCACGCUGGAACAGUGCUCCAUCCUGAGAGACGAGCAUCAGUUGCACAAAGACUUUUUCAUCCGAGCCUUGGACUGUAUGAGAAGAGAAGGAUGCCGCAUAGAGAAUGUCCUGAAGAAUAUCAAAUGCAGAAGGUAUGCUUUCAACAUGCUCCAGCUGAUGGCUUUCCCCAAGUGCUACCGACCUCCAGAAGGCACUUAUGGAAAAGCUGACACCUAAGUGUACCAACAUGGAAACAAACAGGAACACAGACACAUUGUGGACGAUCUCCACCUCUGUCUUUUUUGUUUUAUGUUGUUAUGAGUUUGUGGGAUGAGGCGUUGUGGGUGUUGCUCAUACCAAAACCAAUACUUCACUCUGAAAGUGACCCCUUACCGCUGUGUUCUGUCUAUCUGCUCUCCCUUGUGUUAACUCUCACUGGUUGAGGUUAGUUCAGAAAAUGCAAUUCUGUUUGAAGUGUAUUUAAAUAAACCAUGUCCUGAGGAAACAAGGUUGUUCCCAUGGUGCCAGAGGUAACUCAGAGAAUGCCACACUCCAUCUAAGCUGUAGAGAGGAGCUAGUAAAGGUACUGAGUUCACGUGACAAUAGUUCGUACUCUUGACUCCAGACAACCUCACAGCCUAGCUUACAGGGCUUUAGAAAACAUGUAUAGUAAAUGCAAUUAGGUAAUGGUGACCCUUGCCCUUGAUUACUGACAUGGUUUGCAGAUAUGUUUGCACACAUCUUUGUCACCCAACUCAGAUGUGAUUCCACCUUCUAAGCCGUAUAUGAAAGUGUGAUUACAGCCAGGAGCUAUAACACAAACUAUGGAUCUUUGAAGAACUUUAAUAUGGGUUGAGAAACCCACCUAGGGAUAGAGCAGCAUAGAACCUUUAUCUGUGUCCUGGGAAAACGUUUUAAGGAACUAAAAUUUCAAAGAAAUUUAAGAAUGGUGUCUGUUGGUGCCCAAAAUGAAAAUCCUCAGCAGCUUGAAUUUCCUUUGGAAGAAUUCACAGAAGUGAGAGACAUAUCUGUAAGGUGUUCCCUGGCAGUCCUCUUGGUGUGUGAGUUUGCAGUCUAUCAUAGGUCAACAUAUGUAAAGUGGAGAACCCUAUAACAUACAUGAGCCAUAAACAGUGAUACAUUUACACAGUAUUUUUCAGUUAAUCGAGAUUUCAAAUUUGUCCUUAUUGUAAAAUACCACCAUAUGUAAAAUCACUAACAUUCCAGGUUAGUGGUUUUCUUAGAGGCUGACCACAUUGUGUAAGACCAUCAUUCAAAAAAGUGGGUAAAUUAAGGCAGGUCACUUAGAUGACUGCAGAAGAGCAAUUAUGACCACCCUUACCAUCUAACUUUUUUAAACUUCCUAACCUGUGACUUCUGUCUUCUGCGGAUUGCUACACUAUGUAUGAAAAUACACAGAGGAGGAGAGUCAAAUAGAAAUAAGGUUUUAUCACUUGAUUUGACGCUUAGUAAAGUGAUAUGAAAAAAAAACCCUGCAUUUUUCCCAUUUCCACCUGUGGGAAGUGCUGUCCAAAGCUGCGUCUCCUCUGAGGACACUAGAGGUUUCCUCCACAGACACCUCUCGGUCGUCACUUCAUUCAAGGGGCAGUAUUUUAUGUCUUCACAGGUAACAUGAGAGUCCUUUGCCUAAGAUGCUUGCUGUAAAGGAGUUUUAGGUAGAUCUCUAAUCCCAUGUUGAGUUUUUCAAAAGUCUGAGAACAGCCGAUGACCCCCUGAGGCUUCUAUAUGCAACUACUCAUUUCUUAUUUUAGCUAACAGCCUGUGGCUGUUGCCAAAGCAGUUGCCAAACUAUUUGUAGCCUUUAAAAUGGAAAAAGUUGCAUCUAAUUAUGGAAAUAAUUAUCCUAGUGUUCUGAGAGCUAGUCUCCAUUUCAGUGAUUUAAUGUAAUCUGUUAAUUGUUUGAUUUUUAACUAGGUGGUAGGAUUUGUGGUUAUUCUCAUUACUGUAUUGAGUUUAAGAUAGAAAGAGUUGUGAUCACAGGGGUUUUGUGUCUAGCUCUGAGCUUUUCUUAGUGUCUUAAGUGGUGAUAUGCAUCCCAGGACAUCUUAUAUGAUGUUUUUAGCUCAUAAAUAUUUUAUAAACAAUAAUAGUUUAUAUAUUUUUAUAGAUUAACCAUCUUAACUCAAAUAUUCUAAAUAUUUAUCAACUGGAAAGCCAAUAAGGUUUUCCAGUUUUGUAUGACAUUUCAUAGGACAUUUUUUUUCUUUGUCAACAAAUGCUAGUACAGAAACAUGAAAGGUAGACCUGUCUAUACUGUACAUGCAAACGAAUUCUUAGUCAUUGACAGCACUGUCAUCAUUUCCUAUGGGAACAGAGGAUGAGUAGAGGAUCUCACCAAGAAAAUCCUCAUUUCCUAUACAUGAUCACUCUUCUCCAAAUGCACUCAGACAAUCACUUCAUGACUCAUCAUUACCAAGACCUUCAGAAUCAGAGUUGCCCUUGUACAAACACAGGUGCUCAUGCAGUUCUAUCAGCCACUGUCAUGCUGUGCUAUCCACGUUUUCACUGAAAAGCUGUACCAUGGCCAUAUCUAGGGAGAGCACAUUGAGGCAAAGAAUUUAUCAAGAAAAUGACAUUUCUAAACAAUGCGGUCUUCUUUCCCACAAAUAAGAUUUUCUCCUAAUCUCAUCAAAUUCAAGUCUCAAUUCUGGAUUAACUAUUUACAGAGCCCUAGCAGAAACAUAUUAAAAGUACAAAAAGACAAAGCCAUGAUUAUUACCCAAAGGUCCAGAGUGUGCACAUGUGCUCUGGACAGUUAAUUAUAUACUUGAAAUAUCUGAUUGAAACAGGGCCAUAUUUGGGUACACCAGCUCACUGAAUUCUCACCUCUGCUUUUCUUCCUAAAUAUUGCCUUGAGUUUACCCACACACUGCUUAAAACAUCUUCUAGUUGCUAACAUUUUGGUCAGUCUGGCAAUGCAGCAGGGUCCUGGUAACUACAUGAUGUAGCUGAUGAAUUAUAUAAAAUUAGGCCAUGCCUCAGUCAGGGCCAUGCUCCCUAUGGCCACUAGCCACUCAUAAUACUAAUGCUGACAAACCGUGAAGCCUUGAAAGCUGAGAUUGACUGGAUGAUACACCCACCCUUUUGGUGGUUUUCAUAAAGUAGAACUCAGAAUGGUAAAGGGGAAAAAUGAGUUAUUUUUCUAAUCAAAUCAAAUCCCUCUCUCUGUAAAGAUACUGUGCCAAGAGACAUUCUCUCGGUGUCAAAACUGGUGCUAGUUGACUCAUGGGAAGUGAUGGAGCUUUCAGGAAUUGUCUAAGCUGGUUGCUGCACAGUGUCUGGCUAACCAUAAGAUAUGAACUGAGUUUAUUAAAAGUAAAGAUUACAAUCAAAGCUUAUAACUUCCUGGCUUUUCUAAAACCAGAUUUUUUUCUUUUUAUUUAUUCUUUUUUAUUUAAAUAUUUUUCAUUUUGCAUACCAACCACUGUUCCUCCCUUCUCCCUUCCCUUCUCUCAUCCCCCUCACACCCCCAUCCCAACCCCAUUCACUCCUCAUAGGGGGUAAGGCCUCCCUUGGGUAGUCAACACAGGCUGGUAUACCAAAUUGGAGAAGGACUGAGCCCUUCCCCCAUGCAUCAAAGCUGAAUAAGGCAUUCCACCAUAGGGAAUGGGCUCUAGAAAGCCAGUUCAUGUACCCGGGAUAAGUCCUGGUCUCACUGCCACACAAGUGUCACCCACAUUCAGAAGGCCUAGUUUGGUCCCAUGCAGGUUCCCCAGCUGUCAGUCCAGAGUCUGUGAGUGCCCACUAGAGCAGGUCAGCUGUUUCUGGUUUUUCUCAUCAUGGUCUUGACCCUCCUUGCCCCAAUGUAGUUGGCUCUGGUGGUUCUGCAUUGUGCAAAUGCUGUAUUGAUAAUAUGCAACUGUGAAUCUCCUGAAUCCACAUUUAAGAACACAAUGUUGGUAUCUUGAAAUCAGCCACUGUGGAAACAUUUACACCUCAAAAACAGGCAAAUGCUAUAAACUAGAAUAUUUAUAACAUGAAAUACCAUUUGUUAAGCAUUUAUCAACCAGUACAUGGCUCUGUGCCACUACAACUUUUUCUCCCUAAAAUAACAAAUUAUUGGAGGGAGGUUAUGAUUAUUAGAAAGGUUUUGAAUGAAUGUAGUCUUUAAUCAGAUUAUUAUAAUUUUAUGUUGAAUUUUAUCCGCUUUAAGGAAACUUGCAUGUCUAUAUAGUAGAGUGGAAACAUAUUUUAUUCAUAAUCGGUUAUUUAAUUAGAGAGACGAGUUUAAAAACUAUCAAUAAUGUGCUGUAAGUGGCAAGAUAGCCUUAUUGUAAAUCAUACAUCAGGACUAAAGUCAGGAGAAUGUUAAGCUCAUCAUAAUAUCACUAAAAUACACUCCAUCUCAAUUUCUAAAAUGAUGGUGAUGGCAUUGUAGAGAGGAAAACAGAAUCAUACCACUAUGUCCGAUGUUUACCAAACUGAACACAGUUGAAAACCAAUCUGUUUGAUUAAAUACAUUAGACUCUGGCAAUAUACUAAGACAACCAUAUAUAGUUUUGUGAUUCCCAAGUGGCAUAUCACUUUAGUUCAAUAUGAGGGUCACAUUUUGUAAUCUUUUGUGGACUAAAUGAACUUUGGGGGGUGUUCAAGGCAGGGUUUCCCUUUUUAGUACAUGUUUCAGAAACUUGAGAGACUGAUCAGCAGUGUGGCUGGAAGCAAGCAGAGAGGGCACAACAUCUCUACUAUCUAGAAGCUGUAUACAGUGUGCACUACCCACAAAUGAACAUGACAUUUAAUUUUCUGAACACUUGCAUGAUUGGUGGACAGGUUUAACACAAAUUCGUGUUCAUCUAGCCCACUUCCAAUUGUUUAAGUUACGCUCCCAUAUUUAUGACAUUAGCUUUAUUUAAGUAAGAUGUCCUUGUGUAGUUUAUCUUUUAUUUCUCGGACAGCUUGAAAUUAGAAGGUUUUUUUCAUUUGCAUCUUUCCACACAAAGAUGCAAACUAUAGCAAAAAACUGUCUUUAAAAAUAGAAAGAUAAAAAUCAACAUUUUAGAUAAAAUACAAUGACAGUUAAUAUGGAAUUAAGGAACAGGAAUUUGUACUCUGUCUUUCUGAGCAGUGGGACAUGUCAGUUUCUCUUUGAAUUUUAUUUCUAAGAUUAUAAAAUACAUAAAUUAUACUUCUGAUUUAAGAAGACCAGAAAAUGCUAACUAAAGAAGGGAUGCAUAUAAGAUGAUAUUAAUCCCUCAAAUGAUGAAUCCAAUAUGUACUCAGGCAUAUGUAUUCAAAGAAAAAGAAGUCCAGACUUUAGCUCCAAAGAGCAUGGGCAUUAGUGUAAAUGCAACUUGUAAAAAUGCUUCUGUCUACAAGCUAUGUGCUGUAGGUACACACCAGUAUACUAUAUCCCUCAGUAAACAGUAGUAUUUAAAAGAGGGAGGUAUAUACCAUUCUGUACUGGAAGAAUUUCUACAAACAUUUAAAAUUAUUCCUAUGUAACGAAAGAGCACAGUGUAACAGUAUGUCUUUUACCAUGACAUUGUUCAUCAGCAGGCUCUAGAGACUCAAAUUUGGCCAAUAUGUCUAUAAUAUCUACAUAAUUCUUGGAAUUAUUUGUGUCACUAUCAACAUCAUAACCUAUCUGUGUUGAAGAGCGCUCACACUUUUCAAAAGGCAGGGCUGUCCUUUAUCGGCACAGGCCACCCUUUGUGCCCGUGUGUUCUCGGGUGAGCAUUUUAUCUUUUCAUGUAAUGCAUUUUCAGAGUCUUGUGGUAUUCAUUUGAAAGGUCAGCACUUGCUUUCUUUUUAUGUUAAAUAUAUAUCCUACAUGAACCAAUAAUGUAUAUUCCCAGGAAAUGAGCCACAAAUAGAUAGAUCGUUUUAUAUUAGCAUUUCAAGAAAUAUCACAUUCGUUUUAUUUUGUGUAAUCAUAUUCAUUGUUCACUGGUGUGUAUAUUUUUGUUGAAAUAAAUAUGGUUUUAUUUUUA